GGCCGGGGUCGGGGCCGGGCCGGAUCCGACCGGGUCGGGCCGAGACCGGCGCUCCGGGGCAGCAUGCGGCCCCGCCGCAGCCCGCCGCGCCUGCUGAUGGCGCUUCUGCUCCCGCCGCUGCUGCUGUUGCGCGCGCGCGCCGAGCGGGGCUUGUCGGUGCCCGAGCACGGCUUCUGCCAGCCCAUCUCCAUCCCGUUGUGCACCGACAUCGCCUACAACCAGACCAUCCUGCCCAACCUGCUGGGCCACACGAGCCAGGAGGACGCGGGGCUCGAGGUGCACCAGUUCUACCCUCUGGUGAAGGUGCAGUGUUCGCCCGAGCUGCGCUUUUUCCUGUGCGCCAUGUACGCGCCCGUGUGCACAGUGCUAGAGCAGGCCAUCCCGCCGUGCCGCGCCAUCUGCGAGCGCGCGCGCCAGGGUUGCGAGGCGCUCAUGAACAAGUUCGGCUUCCAGUGGCCCGAGCGCCUGCGCUGCGAGCUGUUCCCACGCCACGGCGCCGAGCAACUGUGCGUAGGCCAGAACCGCUCGGAAGACGGCGCUCCGGGCACCGCGCCACCCGGGCCCGCGCCGGGCACCGCGCCUGCCUCGCAGGCGCCGCGCCUGCGUCCCGCCGCGCAGCCCGCGUCCCCGUUCCGCUGCCCACGCGUGCUGCGCGUGCCCGCCUACCUGAGCUACCGCUUCCUGGGCGAGCGCGACUGCGCCGCGCCGUGUGAGCCCGCACGCCCCGACGGCGCGCUCUUCUUCUCGCAGGAGGAGACUCGGUUCGCGCGCCUCUGGAUCCUCACGUGGUCCGUGCUGUGCUGCGCCUCCACCUUCUUCACCGUCACCACCUACCUAGUGGACAUGCAGCGCUUUCGCUACCCCGAGCGCCCCAUCGUGUUCCUGUCCGGCUGCUACACCAUGGUGUCCGUGGCCUACAUCGCCGGCUUCGUGCUGCAGGAGCGCGCUGUGUGCAACGAGCGCUUCUCGGACGACGGCUAUCGCACCGUGGUGCAGGGCACCAAGAAGGAGGGCUGCACGCUGCUCUUCAUGGUGCUCUACUUCUUCAGCAUGGCCAGUUCUAUCUGGUGGGUCAUCCUGUCGCUCACCUGGUUCCUGGCCGCCGGCAUGAAGUGGGGCCAUGAGGCCAUCGAGGCCAACUCGCAGUACUUCCACCUGGCGGCCUGGGCAGUGCCCGCCGUGAAGACCGUAGCCAUCCUGGCGCUGGGCCAGGUAGACGGCGACCUGCUGAGCGGCGUGUGCUUCGUGGGGCUGCACAGCCUGGACCCGCUGCGCGGCUUCGUGCUGGCGCCUCUCUUCGUGUACCUGUUCGUGGGCACGUCCUUCCUACUGGCCGGCUUCGUGUCGCUCUUCCGCAUCCGCACCGUCAUGAAGCACGACGGCACGAAGACGGAGAAGUUGGAGCGCCUCAUGGUGCGCAUCGGCGUCUUCAGCGUGCUCUACACGGUGCCGGCCACCAUCGUCCUGGCCUGCUACUUCUAUGAGCAAGCCUUCCGCGAGCGCUGGGAGCGCUCCUGGGUAAGCCAGCACUGUCGCAGCCUGGCCAUCCCGUGCCCCGCGCCCCACGCCCCGCGCGCCGCGCCUGACUUCACGGUCUACAUGAUCAAGUACCUCAUGACGCUCAUCGUGGGCAUCACGUCGGGCUUCUGGAUCUGGUCCGGCAAGACGCUGCACUCGUGGCGCAAAUUCUAUGCUCGCCUGGCGCGGGGUCGACGCGGGGAGACCACGGUGUGAGAACGCGGGGCUCCGACGGAGCCUGCCUCGCCCCCUCGAGGUUUUCUUGGCGGUCGGCAGGGGACUGCCACUGUCACCUCUGGAGCUCCGCUGUCUAAAG